AUGGAUGUGCAGAACCGAGCGUUGGAAGAGUUCUUCCAGUUCCUGCAGUGCCAGCUUCGUAUGGAAGCUGCAGAGUGCUUGCAAGAGGAGCUGGACACCGACCCGGAGGCCAACAAAUGGUGGCAGAACUUCCGCAGCUGGGUGCAGCCCAAUUUGGGCAAGAAGGAGAAGUGGAUGCCCUUCCACACGGUGCUCGGAGCCCACGAGCUCUUCAUUGUGGAGAACAUCCACCACGGCACCUUGCCCUGGGAUGAAAAGCGCAAGUUCAUUGCCAUGUUCGUGUUCCGGGCGCACUGCCGCAGCAACGUCUUCCGCGAGGCCCAGCUGCCUCACAUGCUGCAGGAAGACUUCUGGAGGGACCCAAUUGCCCAGUUCGCCGACAAUGGCGCCGUCACACGUGCCUUGCUGGAGUAUCGACGACGAACACGUCAAGCGCUGCAGACAUCAGCAUUCCUUGCCAUCCCCGAGCGGCUUUGUCAGGACGACGACGAAAACUUGGCCCGCAACGUGGCGAUGCGCACCCGCACGCUCCUGGAGGUCGCGGAGAAGGUGUGGCCGUUGGUGCAUGACCAGAAGCUGGUCGGCUCGGAGAAGUUCCAGGAGAUUUCCAAGACAAUCCAAGCAGGGAGGCGGCUUGGGGAGACCUGGGCGAAGAUGCUGAUGGUCAGCAUCGACAUCGCGUACCCCAAGCUGCAGCUGUUGGCAAGUACCUGUGAUGUGGGCGUGGGAGCGCUGAAAGCAUUACAGCGACUUUUCCCAGGUAGCCUGGAGCCGCGUGAGGCUUUGGUGCGCGCCACCCGGGCAGCCAACUGUGCCCGGCUGCCGGCAGCAAGCAACUUCUGGGGGCUGCUGGCGAAGGUGGAGAGCCGCCUGCAGACGCGUUUCUCCGGGAUGCCACGGGUGUUGGACCAGGUCUCCACGCCACCUGGUCACCUCAGCGCAGUGACAAUCCAGGUGCAGCUGUGCGAGUGGCGACAGUUCAUGGACUUCCUUUCCCGGGCUGGCGUGUCCAGCAUUCCGGCACUCUCUGAGGCUGCGGAGUCGGAGGUGCUCUCCGAGCCAACCAAGAAGUUCCGCCGCAUCACUGGGAAGCGGCCGGACUCUGUGCAGGAGACUGGAGGUGCUGCUGACCAGGAGCCAGCUGACUCCGAAGAUGAGAUGCCACUUACCAACAUCCGGGUACCGCCCAUGGCUGGCCAGGUGCUGGCAGAGGGAACCUUCAUCCAGGCCACUGUCAAAGUGCUAGAAACUUGUCGUGCCAAAGUAGCAUCGACUCAUCAAGCCGUCGAGGCGGCCCGCGCCCAGCUGCUGCGCUGCGACGCGGCGCAAAGGCAGGCCACCAGCCAGGUCGUGGAGGCGCUGCGGCGGAACAGCGCCGCUGAAGAGGCAGUGCGCUGCAUCGAGAUGCAGACUUCACAGCAGGAGUACAUGCUGCAGGCAUCGCACAUGAAGACCGAGGUCACGAAGGAGGUCCUUUGCCAGCUGGAGGACGCUCAUGAGAAGCUUUCAAAAGCUGACUCGAGCGACGUUGCAAAGGAGCCGCUUCUCAAGGAGUCGACCUGUCUUGAGAACGCGAUGAAGUCCAGGAUUGGACACCUGGAAGGUCUCAUAGACGAUCUGGGCAAUCAAGCUCAUGCUGAUGAAGUUGCGCGAGAGCCGCAAGAAGAGCAGCAUGCAGAGCUGAUCCGCCAAAGCAGCGUGGCCCUGGAGGAGAGGGGCAAAGCUCGCGAGGCCGUCACCGCGGCGAUGGAGGUACUGCGCCAGGCACAGCAGCACGGAGCCACGGCUGGACAGGAACUAGCGCAGCUACGGCUCCAGCUCCACUUGGAGGAGGCCAAGGUUCUCUCCCUGCAGCAGUUGGUGCGUCAGGAGGCCUGGCUGUGAGCAAUGGAGUAAACUGGCCAAGCCCAGAGGUGCAG